AACACACAACAAUUCUGCUUGGCUUGUAGACACUUCAGUCGAGUUUCGGAUCCCGGUAAAAACAGACAAGAACAAUAAGCAAUUUCAAAAUGGUUGAUGCAGCAGUACUUCAAAAAUUGGAAGAAGGCUUCGCCAAGUUGCAAGCUUCCGAUUCAAAAUCCUUGUUGAAGAAAUAUUUGACCAAGGAAGUUUUCGAUGAAUUGAAGAACAAGAAGACUUCUUUCGGUUCAACUCUUUUGGAUUGUGUUCAAUCUGGCUUCGAGAAUCACGAUAGCGGUGUCGGUAUCUAUGCUCCCGAUGCUGAAGCCUAUUCCUUGUUCGCCCCAUUGUUCGAUCCCAUCAUCGAGGAUUACCACAAGGGAUUCAAGAAGACCGAUAAGCAUCCAGCUCGCGAUUUCGGCGAUGUCUCUACCUUCGGAAAUGUCGAUCCCGACAACCAAUUUGUCGUCUCUACCCGUGUUCGUUGCGGACGUUCCUUGGAAGGAUAUGCCUUCAAUCCCUGCUUGACGGAAGCCAACUACAAAGAGAUGGAAGAAAAGGUUUCCUCUACCUUGAAGGGCUUGGAAGGCGAAUUGAAGGGCAAAUAUUACCCAUUGACUGGCAUGGACAAGGCUACCCAACAACAACUCAUCGACGAUCAUUUCUUGUUCAAGGAGGGCGAUCGUUUCUUGCAAGCUGCCAACGCCUGCCGUUAUUGGCCCACGGGACGUGGUAUCUACCAUAACGACGCCAAAACUUUCUUGGUUUGGUGCAACGAGGAAGAUCACUUGCGUAUCAUCUCCAUGCAAAUGGGCGGCGACUUGGGUCAAGUUUACCGUCGUUUGGUAACUGCUGUCAACGACAUCGAAAAACGUAUUCCAUUCUCGCAUCACGAUCGUCUUGGUUUCCUCACAUUCUGCCCAACCAACUUGGGAACCACAAUCCGUGCCUCUGUGCACAUCAAGGUGCCCAAAUUGGCUGCCAACAAGGCCAAGCUCGAGGAAGUUGCUGCCAAGUACAACUUGCAAGUUCGCGGAACUCGUGGCGAACACACUGAAGCCGAGGGCGGCAUCUACGACAUCUCCAACAAGCGUCGCAUGGGACUCACCGAAUACCAAGCCGUCAAGGAGAUGUACGAUGGCAUCACCGAAUUGAUCAAGAUCGAGAAAUCUUUGUAAAUUAGGUCUUAGACACACAUACAAGCACACACAAGAUAUUCACAUUAACUAACUAUUUGAGAAACAUUUAAAUAAAUAACUUUCAAUAUUCGUGUACGUACGCAAAAAGUAAUAAAAUACCAAAAAGAGAUCUUAAUAAAGUUGCUCAUUAAAGAUGAUUCAUUAAAAAAAGACAAAAA